AUGUCAGUUGAGGACUUUCUUCAAAGCUUGCUGUGGAAAUGUGGGCCUCCGUGGUUGCAGUCGUCGGCUGAAAUAUGUCAUUCCAAUACCCGAGACGUGAAUUUCACUGAUGAAGAGCUGGAGACACGAAAGCUAGUUCAUACUGCCAUUGUUGUGCCAGAGCCGAAUGCGCUGUUCAUGAUGCGUUCUUCGUUGGAGCCACUUUUGCGCAUUGUUGCAUACUGCAUUCGUUUUACUCGCAACUGUCGGAAUGUCAAAAGUCGCAAUCGUUCCCCAUUUAUAACUGUCGAAGAAUUCUCAACGGCAAAGUUGGCUCUGGUCAAACUAGUACAAACCGAGUGCUUCGAGAAUGAUCUUAAACAUUUGCACAAGCACGGACAUGUCCAUAAAAGGUCUACGCUUAGGUUGCUUCGUCCUUUUCUUGAUAAGGCCGGCAUCAUUCGAGUUGGUGGUCGUCUUAGUUAUUCCGCCCAAGAAUUCACGACAAAACAUCCAACAAUACUUCCAAGUGUGCAUCCCUUCACCAGAAUAUUAGUUGAUUAUUUUCAUCGUCAAACAGUCCAUGGAGGACGUCAACUAACACUAGUGGUUAUGAGACAGGAGUUUUGGCCCAUACAUGGUAAACGAGUGGUCAACACCGUGCUUCAGAAAUGUCAUCGCUGUUUUCGCUGUAAUCCAAUACCCAUCCAGCAACCAACUGGCCAGCUUCCGUGUCCACGCGUUCGACCAAGUAGACCGUUCUCCAUCGUAGGUGUGGAUUACUGCGGCCCUUUUUAUUUAAAGCCUCCGCAUCGUCGUGCCGCAGCUCCCAAGGCAUAUAUCGCUGUCUUUGUUUGUUUCGCCACCAAAGCGAUGCAUCUUGAAAUCGUCAGUGACCUAUCAACAGUUGGAUUUAUGUCGGCUUUCCGUCGCUUCAUUGGAUAUCAUGGUGUUCCGAGCGAAGUUCAUUCAGACAAUGCUAAAAACUUCGCUGGCGCUUAA